GGCGCGGCGGACCAAUAGCGCGAGGGCUGCGCAGCGCGAGCCCAGGGGCCCCCCAAGAUGGCGACGCCAACGCAAGGAGCCGCGCAGCAGCCCGAGGUGGUGAAGGGGCAGGUCUUCGACGUGGGCCCCCGCUACACGAGCCUCAGUUACAUCGGCGAGGGCGCCUACGGCAUGGUCUGUGCUGCCUUCGACAAUGUAAAGCUGGUUCGAGUGGCCAUCAAGAAGAUCAGCCCUUUUGAGCACCAGACAUAUUGCCAACGUACCUUGCGCGAGAUAAAAAUUCUGCUGAGAUUUAAGCACGAAAAUAUCAUCGGCAUCAACGACAUCCUUCGGGCAUCGACUAUUGAUCAAAUGAAAGAUGUCUACAUAGUUCAAGAUCUGAUGGAAACGGACCUCUACAAACUUUUAAAGGGGCAGCAGCUAAGCAAUGACCACAUCUGUUACUUCCUCUACCAGAUCCUGCGUGGCCUCAAAUACAUCCAUUCAGCUAAUGUUUUGCACCGUGACCUGAAGCCAUCCAACCUUCUCCUCAACACCACCUGUGACCUCAAAAUCUGUGAUUUUGGCUUGGCUCGAGUAGCAGACCCAGACCAUGACCAUACAGGUUUCUUGACCGAAUAUGUGGCCACGCGUUGGUACCGUGCUCCUGAAAUAAUGCUGAACUCCAAAGGAUAUACAAAAUCCAUCGACAUCUGGUCCGUGGGCUGCAUCUUGGCAGAAAUGUUGUCCAACAGACCUUUGUUCCCUGGGAAGCAUUAUCUCGACCAGCUCAACCACAUCCUAGGAAUUCUCGGUUCACCUUCUCAAGAGGACCUGGACUGCAUCAUCAACAUGAAGGCCAGGAAUUACCUGCAGUCUCUCCCUCCGAAAGCCAAAGUGCCUUGGAACAGGCUCUUUCCGAAAGCGGAUUCCAAGGCUUUGGAUCUGCUGGACAAGAUGCUCACCUUCAACCCCCAUAGGCGCAUCACCGUGGAAGAGGCCUUGGCUCAUCCGUAUCUGGAGCAGUACUAUGACCCUUCUGAUGAGCCUGUAGCAGAGGAGCCGUUCAGAUUUGACAUGGAACUGGAUGAUCUCCCCAAGGAGCGGCUCAAAGAGAUGAUCUUUGAGGAGACUGCACGCUUCCAGCCAGGAUUUCAGCAGGCGUGAUCCUCUCUGCCACCCCUGCCUGCUUUGCUCUUAUGCGUCUGGUGCCUGACGACUCCAGAUAUAGCUGAAAAAACAUGUACACCGCCUAACAAAGAUAUUUAAUGUCCUGCCUGGUGUCUGCAAUUUGUGAGGCCAUCCCACAGUUUCUCACAAGAGACCAGAUUCAUCCUACUCCCACAAAAGGGAUUCAGCAAAAAAAAAAAUCUGUUUUAACCUGUAAACUUUGUGCUGGGUUUUUGUGAGCAAGACACAAUUUCCUCCCCCCCCCCCCCAUGUUAACUUGGCCUUUUAUUUUUUGUGAGCUUGUUUUUUUGUAUAAAGUGGCUUUUGUAUUUGCUUGGUGCAGACUUGUUACAUUUGGUAUUUCGUGUGAAAAAAAAAUAUGGAUGAAUUUGUUUCCUACAAGUGCGGACGUUCACAUUUUGUGCCAGACUUGAGUCUUGGCAUAUAAUGGCUUUUGUUUGCCAAUACAUAUUUUAGGACUGGUUCAGACUGUCAUUUUCGUAGUGUUUGCAAAGCCAUUUGAAUUCCUGUAAUGUAGGAUGGCCUUCAUUAUUACACUUGAUUGUUGUGAUUUUAGCAGACAAGCUUGUCAAUAAUGUUAUUUAGGGAGCUUUGCUUUAGAUGCAGGUUAAAUCUGGUUAAUAGGCCUGUACGAAAUAUUGUGUUUAAAUGUACAUUAACUGAUUUGGGUAAGCCUUGGAUGAACUUUUAUUAUUAUUGAUGUUAUAUUAUUUUAUUGUUAACGUUGUUGCAAUGAAAACCCACUGUUAAAACUAAAAAAACUGUAAAAUUUGGUAAAUAUUAGGUUAACCAAAAUGUUUAAACCAACUAUAGUGUUCCCUUUUAAUACUGCUAAAUAAAGUAAUUGAUUUGGGAAGAUGCUGUUGGAAGAAAUUAAGCACUUGUACUUUUGAACAUUGAAAGUUAUCUUUUCCAUAAUUAUUUAAAAAGUUAACAGUUGUCCACUGUUUUCAAGAAUGAAUACUUAACUUCACUCAGUGUUCUUUAUGCAGGUGUACCCCUUUCCCAUACACAAAUUAAAAUACUAUGCCAAUGCAUAUGCGCCAUUCACAUGGUAUGUAUGCCACACCAUUUACCAAGUGUUUCAGUUAGGUACUGCACAAUUUGAAGAACUGUCACAAUAUGGUGUAAUGAAGUGGGUCAAAUGUGUUUAAUUUGUCUAUGCUUUUUUGGUUUUUGAAACUAUAAUAUAGUGGCCAUUCACUUAUAAAUUUGUAUUCUAUUGCUGGUGUGUUAAGCAAGUACAUAAUCUUGAUCCGUUGUGUUGUGUAAAACAUUCAAGACAUGAUUCUUAAACAUGCAUACAUUGGUUUCACAUGAAUAUGUACCUAAAGCAACCGAGGUUAUUCUAAAUUAUAAUUGGUGUUUAGUGCAGGCUGCUAACAUUGGAACAAACGGUUUUUCAUUACUCAUGAGAACAUAACAUUUUAAUUAACACAACAUUACAUUUGGUGUUUGCCUUAUUCAUUGUGCUUGUGUUUUGUGUUGUCACAGCUGGCACCAUUACAGUGAAGUAUCGUACGCUUUUUCGAUUAAACAUUUGAAUUGAUGAAGAGAUUACUUUUAUGGAUUAUGAAUAAGCUUUGUCUAGGCUAGGUACAAGAUAUAAUGUGAUAACUAUCAACUUCAGCAAAAAAUAAGGGAAACGAUUAAUCCAGGACAAUAGUGUGCUUUACAUUGUACUUUUUGAUGAAUUCUGUCUGUGUAUAAAGUAAGCAUUAAACCACAAGAUAACGUAUCGCUUUUGUUUUUGAGUUUCAAUUUUUAAUUGUCCCUAUUCAGCGCUGUUCCAGGUGGGUUAUUUGGAGAACUGGUUAUACAUUCAAGUUGAAAUAACAUGCUUUUACAUUGUUCAUGGCUGUUUUCCCCCCCCAGGAUCCUUAUUUAAACAAAAAAAAACAUUUUAGAUGAAUUUAUUGUGUCCACCAUGGUAAAAAUGUUACAGCAUAAUAGUUGAACAUUUUUUAUGACGCAACGUUUUUGAGCUUUUAGGCAUUGGAUUGUGAGCAUGCACCCAUGUCUACUGCGACUGCCAUUUGAAGUUUUUUGUGUUUUUAUUGUCCUGACGGCCUCGUGGAAUGGCCUUGAAAAGUGGUUGAAGAUUCGAUAUCAUUUGUAAAAGCCUAAUGUGCAUCUAAAUCUUGUUUACGUAACCGUUCUAACCUUGUAUGUCAGACUGUUAACCACAACUUCAGUAUUGAAAACCAAGAUAACUGUUUAGCGAUUUUAAUGGUGAUGCAGAAAUAUUAACGUUUGCUGUUGACUUGCUAAUAUAGGAUAUUGGGCAUUGCAACAGUAGAUGGGAGCAGGUGAUAUAUGGACAGGCCUGGGUUAUUUAAGAAUGUAAAACAGUUGUGGGAAGACGAUCAGGAUAUUUUUCUCACUGCAGUGUGUAUAAACUAAAUCCAUGUUUAAACCUAAAGGACCAUGUCAACGUAUGAAUGUAGUACAGCGUACUCUGCCUUAACCUAGAAAGUUGAUGUCUGUGGUGACGCAAAGUCUUUGACUUGUGUAUAUGGCAAUGCUUUUGCUCUAACUGUAUAUGUCCAGCCCAUUGAAGCUGGCUUGGAUAUAGGUCUGUGAUUUGCAUGCAGUAUAAAUAAACUCUGUUAAAAGCCA